AGCGACGUCUGCGUGAACAAGAGCAGCCCGCACUCCUCGCUCUUCCCGAACAACAACCAGACACUGGAGGUGGAUAUCUACAAAGGGGGCGUUGUUCUGGGCUGUUACUUCGGCCCCGCCGCUCUCUACAUCUGGGCAAUCGGGAUCCUCGCUGCCGGCCAGAGCUCGACGAUGACAGGGACGUACUCAGGGCAGUUCGUUAUGGAGGGUUUCCUGAACCUGCGCUGGUCCCGGUUCGCCCGCGUGCUGCUGACCCGCUCCAUCGCCAUCACCCCCACCCUCUUCGUCUCCAUCUUUCAGGACGUUGAGCACCUGACGGGCAUGAACGACUUCUUAAAUGUUCUCAUGAGCCUCCAGCUUCCGUUUGCUUUGAUCCCUGUCCUGACGUUCACCAGCCUGCCCAGCAUCAUGAACGAUUUCGCCAACGGGCUGUUCUGGAAGAUCGCCGGUGGCGUGCUCAUCCUCCUCAUCUGCUGCAUUAACAUGUACUUUGUGGUGAGCUACGUCCUGGACCUGAACAACAUGGCUUUGUACAUUGGGGCGGCGAUUCUCAGCGUGGUUUACCUGUGCUUUGUGGCGUAUUUG